ACCCUGUGUGAGUAUCGAUGUUGUAUAUUUACAACGCGCCACUUCCUUUAAAUGCGUAUUUGCGCCUGCGCGCGGGCAUUUAAACUGCGUCGGCACCCCACAUCUCGCCUGCCGCCUCAGUUUGGUGCCUGCUGUCAAGCUGUGAGGGUCUCUGUGCUACUUCGCCCUCCCUUCAUGGUGUAUGAGUCACUUGCGUUGCAUUUCAGCAACAUCAUUAUACAAGCUGUGACUGUUAUGUAAGUACAUUUAAAUGCGUAUUGUUUUGAUAAUAAAAUUCAUAACAAUAACAUUUGUUGGAAUAACUUAGUGAAAUUUUUAUGUGGGGUUCGUAAGUGAUUGUGCUGACGUAUGCCAUUUACAGAAUUGAGGUAUGUACCUUAUUUUUUUUUUUUAGAUUUUUUUUUCUAAGACAUGCUUUUUGCUUUGUUUUACAGAAAUCAUGUCGAAGCCAAGUUUGACCGACGAGGAGAUAAAUGAGUUGUUGGAGUGGGAUGACUCGGACGGAAGUGAGUACGGGGAGGAUGGGACCGACAACUGGGAGGUUGACGAGGGGGUGGAUGAGGUUUACGUGGAUGUGGAGGGAGAUGAAGAUGACCCUACCCCAAGGCCCUCUGAAAAGGGGACCUCGAGGAGUACCUCCCCUCCCCCACCUCUAUCAAGCCCUGCAGCCACCCCAGAGGCUUCCCCUUCAUCUACAGACAUGGUAACACUUUGCACCACACAAGAGGAGGCAGCAGAGGCAGAAAUACACGACCUGGCAACUCCACUCUCCACUCUGACCCAGCCAGCCACCUUAUCUCGCUCGCCUGACCUCUUAUCUUGUGUAAACACAGCAGCCUACCCCACCACUACAGUUUCCACCACAACAACACCUCUCUUGCCUCCUGCCAUCAUCACAACUCGUAGCAGGACACUGUUCCAGCCCUCUACACCUCUGCCUUCCACCUCUACACCUGCUGAUGAUCAGCCCACCCCUGCCACCCCUGCCACCCCUCACCGACCCAAGCGUGGCCGUGUGUUCUCUCCUCUUCCAUCUACGUCUCGUGGGUUGCUGGAUGAUGAUGAUGAAGACGUGGAUGACCCACAACCACUGCCUUCUGCUGAACUCCUCCCCUCUACAGCAGUGAGAUCAUCCAAACGGAGGAGGGGGCCCCAGAAUCCAGUUGUAGGGCAACCGCUGAGGAGUGUGGGCUCAACACUACGUGGAAGGGACAAGAGGAAAACUGUGUGGAGGCCUGAUUCGAAAAGUAACCUUACCAGGUUGCAGGUGACAUACGACACUCCAGGAAAAACCUCCGAUGUGUUUGAUGGGUUGGAAAACAUUGAUGAAUACUUCCACCAGUUCAUCGAUGACUACAUGCUGGCUAUGGUUACAUUGCACACUAAUGACAGGGUCGCCAAUGUUAUGAGGGGUGCGGUGCGGCGCCUUGGUAUCCCAAGACUGAGCAUCAGCCUCCGUAGCCUCAUACGUAACACUUUCAAUGUCCCACCUGAGGAGAGGCCAGCAACACAGCAAAAGAAAACUGAGAAGAGGCAGCGGUGCUUCCUCUGCCCCACCAGAGAGCAGGGACGAACCCGGGUCUGCUGCAGUGGAUGUGGGAAGUCCGUGUGUGCAUCCCACUACUCUGUCUUCUGCCCCUCCUGUUGCUAGGCGUGGAUUUUGCAGAGAACUGGGACUGUGCAGGCUGUGAGAGACAACUGUAAUACACCGAUCUCCAGAGGCUUUAUUUUUUUGUAUGGACAUAAGUAUUUAUUUUUUAUUUUUUUCUAAUGAUAGUUAAAAUAAGGUAGAAGUUUUUUGUAUUCUUUGUAAUAAAGUACAUAAAGCAU